AUGACACAACCUAAAGGCACUGGCAAAUCACGCACAUUUCACUCAAGGAAGAAUACUUGGAUCCAUGUUGGGGAGGAGGAAGCCAGUGGGCAGAAAGUGGACCUCUCCGCACUUCGGAAAGCAGCCGAAGUCUAUCUCAAAGAGCUGAAGGUGACUGCCGCCCAGAACGAGGAGAUAUCCCGACUCUAUGAUGCGAACUACGGCUUUGACUAUGAAUACCGCGUCCUUGAUGAUCAGCACCAGUUAAGUGCCACAUCUCUCCUCGCAGCGGCUGGUUUGGAUUUUGAGGAACGUGAAUCAUUGGCGAACCGCUGGGCUACGGUUUGGACACGGAAGUCAGGCAAGAAGAAGGGACAGACUUGUCGUAUAUUGUUCCGAUGUGCGUGCGGUUACGAUCACUCACAGCGUGGAACGAAGGAGAGGCACAAUCCCUUUCCAUACGUGGGCUGUCCAGCCCAUGCGGAAAUCCUAUACACUGUUGAAACUCAAAAGAUCUUGCCGAUCCGAGGCCUGCUUCUUCACAAUGAUGCCUGUCAUGGAGCCGAACUCACCGACUUUCCUCGCCGUAACCUUCAUCCCUCGGAAUUUGCGGUAGCACUUCAGCAACUCCAAGAUGGCUCAAGUCUGGAUGAGAUUCAAACGCGUAACCGUCAGAUGCAUAAGACUCGGAAGUAUGAAGGCCAGCCAAGCGAUCUGUCGAACUCACCUUACCGAUGGUUACUGAAGCCCUACGACACGCGUUCGUUAUACCGUCAGUACAACCGCAUGCAAGGUAUCAAGGUCACAGAAGCAGCGCACGUCAACAUUCAUCUACUCAUCAAGGAAUGUUUACGACGCGUGGAGCAGGAUCUACUUGAAACUGUCACUUACGAGAGCGCUCUAGGAAUUGUCACGGACGCUACAACGGCAUUGGAGUCUGUCCUUCAGGAUCAUCCCGGACUCUUUCAGAAAGGAAAGUUGAAUACUUACGGGCUUACUGGCUGUCCGAGGACCUCUGGAAGAGCUGGUCUGCUUACGGUCGGCGCUAUGCAUCAGUCUUACUUCGCUGUGAGAUAG